GGGCUUCGGUGAUCUAAGGAUUGAACUGACACAACCCUGCUGAAUGACUCUACAACUGACAUAAACGUAAAGCCUAUGAAUGACUCACUCGAUUAACUCUGCCAGCGGCUGGUUAUCCUGACUUCUAUCCGCAACACGCCCAAACAUGAUCGACUGUCCGACUCAAUCUGACUCUGGAGAGCCCACUCUGGAUAAUAACCGACUCAAGAACGAUGGGGACUCAGGACACCUCUGGGAGUGAAGACUGUCCUUUUUGUGAAAUAGUCAAUGCCAAGGCAGACACGGAAGUCCUGCUCAGCGUAAGAACCGACGGUACCGAAGCUCCAUCACCUGAAAACUCCUGGUUCUUCCUCUCAUCUGUUUUUUUGUUUUCUUUCUUUUCUUCCCAGGAUGACGAGCUGCUCUGUUUUCGCGACAUUCAGCCCGGCGCCACACACCAUUACCUCGUUAUUCCCAGGACACACAUCGACUACUGUAAAGCUCUCAGGACGGACGACAUACCUCUAGGUGAGGGACUUGAACUGAACCACGAAGCUUUUCCACACACUCAGGAAACAUUGGCAUUUGUUUUCACUUCACUGUGUAAAAGUGACUCAGCAGUUUUUUGAUCGAUUAUUGGGGCGGGGGUUCACGUGAUUGGCAGUGUCAGGACAAUUCAGUCAGUUUUAUCAAUGAUGAAAUGAAGUUAAAGCUCUCUGACAUUACUAAAGAAAAAGUUACUGCCCCGUUUUACAACAUGUUAAAGACCCACUGUGCUGAUCAAUGAACGAUCGGCAUCUUGUAAUAAUCGGCAUCUUAUCGGCAUCACAAGGUCGUUAUAACAAGAAUGUGUUGAAAAACAGCUAAUCAAAUUGAAAGCAGAAAGCAAAAAAAUAGCAUAACCCCAAUACAUUAGUCUUUUUAAGGACUUUGUUAGUCAUCCACAGCAUGGUACUUGCUUAGCUAACCUAUAACAUUUUAUUGUAUAUGUAGGGCUGGGCGAUAAAACGAUAACGAUAUAUAUUGAAAAUUAAUUUCCCUCAAUAUCAAUAUAAAACAUGGUCAAUAUCCAGCCCUAUGUAUAUGGAAUAAGUGGUUUAUGCAUUCCUUUUUUUUCUUGAUUUUGACCGACAUAUUUAGCUAGUAUUUUUGUCUUUUUCAUAUAUAAAUCAGAUAAAGAAAUAAUUUUUUCAGUAAGUAUUGCCACAUGGAUCUUUUAGACUUCUAUCCUGCCAAAAAGGACAAACAAGAAAUGCAGAAUCAUUGGUAUUAAAUAUCAGGCAUCUCUCAAUAUCAUUAUCAGCAUCAGCCAUCUAAAAACAGUAAUGAUCGACCACUGAUCAUAAGCACAAUGAUUGAUGCACUGACAAGAGCAUGUUUUCUGUUAACAGUGGAGAGAAUGGUUCAAAUGGGACAAGAGGCACUGGAGAAGAAUAAAGCCAGCUGCCUCGAUGAUGUGAGGUAAAGCGAGUCAGUUUUCUCUGCUGCUGCUACUGUACUUCAUUAGUCUUUACUUUGUCAUUUUAAAUGACUUUUACCCUGUAAUUUCAGAAUGGGGUUUCAUAUGCCUCCAUUUUCUUCUGUCCCCCACCUUCAUCUCCAUGUUUUGGCUCCUGCAAGUAAGAUGACCCUGAAGUCCCAGCUCCGCUAUGGGCCUCAGUCCCAUUGGUUCAUCACGGUAUGUCAAAGUGCAGGGCUGUAGUGUUUAUGGAGAGUUGAGUAAAAAAAAAAGUUGAUUCUUAAUAAAAGCAGUAGUGUGCUUUUGGUUUUGAAGGUCAUCAAGAGAAACCGUCAUCGGUUUCAGGCUGUUUUUUUUUUUUUUUUAACCAUUCAAAAUUCCUCACACUGCCUUUUAAAGUUUCUUCGUUUGCUAAAUUUAUCAAAUAAAUCUAAUUUUAAGUUUGGUCUAUUUUCUGCACAAAUACAAAGCUUCUAGUUUUUUUUUGUAGAUAAACACACAGCUGCAGAAGUUAUAAUCAAUUUUGUUAAUGACAAUUAACACAAUUGAUUAUUUCAAAAUUAAUGUAUCUUUAUCUUACCACUUAAAAAUAACAACUGAUCCCUUCAAAAACUAGAGAUUUUCUGUGGUCACACUUCAUUAUCUGGAGUAAGUUUGUCAAAACCAGAAACAGUUGCACUUUGUUAUAUAUUUUGUGUUGUGUUAUGUUGUUUUUUGUUUUGUUUUUUUUUUACAUAGAAGGGUUUUUUUUGUGUGUAACUCAGAAACACCUCGACAAACUUGAACACCAUUUAACCUCAAUGUUUCCAAAGUUCUUAAAAUUCAUUUUUCUGCUGUGUUUCAGGUAGACAAAGUGCUUGCUCAGCUGAAGACUCGCGGCAGGGUCAAAUAAAUUAUACAAUCGGUCUGAAGGUGCAAGACUUUUGUUCUACUGUAUAUAAAAAGUAGUUUCAUGUCAUUGUGCCUUAUUUGUUACAAUUUUAAACCAAUUCUUUCUGACUUGAAAUUCUUGUAUUUAAACUUGAAGUCUAUCAAAUGUCACGUUAUAUGGUUGAUUAUCGAUGAUGGAAGAAUUACAACUUUUUACAUUUUUAUUUAAGGAAGCCUUAAGGAAGCUUGUAAACUUAUGAAAUAUGCUGAUAUGGUUUUAUUAUCGGAAUGAAUGUAUUUUACCACAUUGUCAACAAUACAAUUGCACUGUUGUUAAGUGUAUAUGAAGUGAAAAGCAUGUACCUGCUGCUGAUAGUUAUAACAUUAUUAUAACAUUAUCUCAGAGAUACCUCAUGCACUGUGGUACAAACUGCCAUAAAAUACUAAUAAAACAGUAUGUAUGAUACUAUUGGAGUAUCACACAUAUUAAAAGUGUUGCAUUAAAAUUCCUGAGCAAGUAGUGAUAAUUCACUAUAACAGUAUUAAAACUUGAAUUGUGUCACAUGUCCUCAAUUAGUUGCGACAAAUAACUGUUACAAAGAAAAAACCUUAAAAUCAAAAGUAGCACCAAAAAGUGGGGAACGAAAAAGUCCUCAACCCAUGAGAUAAUGUGUUUCAGAAAUGUCCUCCUGAUCAUGUGUGGAAAAAUCUGAACUAUGAAAACAAAGUGCCAACUGGAAUGAGCGUGUCUGAUUUAUCCCCUUUCGGUGACUGACACGACAGAAUGGAUUUAGGGGGAAGACAAUAAAGUUUGACAUGUCCCAACCUGAACAAAAGCACUAUGUAAUGACUUAAGGGGUCCCUACUUAGUAGAAAAAGUCUGAGAUAUUCAUGAAUGUCCCCAAUUUAGGAGCAUUACAUUCAAUCUGUCGUUUUAAUUUUAAUUUUUUAAUCCUUGAUUAUUUUUAGAAACAAGGGUUUAAGUAUUUUCUGUGGGAUUUUUGAAGUCCUUGUAAUUAAUCAUUUCUAUUACUUUUAAGUCAAUGGUAAGGACCAGAUGUUCUUGGUCCCUGAAGCAUCCUUCUCUGUUAAUCUGGGGAUAGUAACAAGUAAUUUUAUCUGUACAUCACCUGAUCUUAUCUAAAGCACUUGGCAGGAGUGGCAAGGGACAACUUCUUCUCAACAGGUAUAAAUCUCGAACCCUGAUGGUUAGAAAAUUCUUUGGCAAUAACUGUGUAGGUCCAGACUGAGAAAGAGAGACUCAGAGUGACAAAUAGAUGCCUCAGAAGGUCAAGUGUUGUAUUUACAAUCCCCAUACGCUGAAUGAAAACUCCAUUGUUGAAAUAAAUUAUGAUAACAAAGGUUGUUUUCCAUGCCAGAGCCUCUGUUUUAUUGUUCACAUUUACAGAAUUGAAUUUGUGAAUACAGCGUUUAUACAGAAAGCGCACUUGUCCGGACAGCAAACAGACAUAAACCAUCUCCUCACACUAUGUACAGGUUAAGCCAUGAGAAAGCCUUGGCCACAAGCACACUCGGCAUCAACACUCAGUCACUCAGGGGUCAGAGUAAGAUAAAGGUCUCUAGAUGUUAAAUAGUGUGACAGAUAACACGUUUGAGUGUUUCUGGGAUGGUGUAUACCUGAAAAAGGGGGCAUCUAAUGGGAGAGAACAGGACACAAUCAGGAUUGUCUGAAUCUGAACAUUUGCAUUUCAGACUUUCUUUAUCUUUCAAUUGAACAUGCUGAUGGCUUCUUUUUCAAAGUUUGGACUGUUUUUUUUUUUUUUUUUUGCUUGGAUCAAUGCUUUCAUGAUGAAGAUGUUGGUAUAGAGUUAAAAUAUAAGCAUAAUCACUGGUUUGAACAGUGUGAGCAGCACCAUGUUGGUCCUGAGAUUACAUGUUACGAUGAAAAAAUAAUAUUCAAUGAUAAGACGCCCAGUUUGGGGCUUAACAGGGAUAAAAGAUAGCUCAUUAAAAUGGUUAACUUUAAUAUGCGGCUGUUUAUUGUGUCAUGUUGAGAUACUGCUUGCAGGUCUUGUUGCCAUAUUGUUAAAACUGUUGCUAAAAAUAAUGAAGCAAUGUUAAUAUAAAUUAAAAUAUAUUAUACAAAACAAAAAAAACUGAUCAGAGCAAAAAGAACUGACGUCGCCGUCUCAACAUUGUUUGUUGAAAGCUCCUUUUUUCAGCCAUUACAGGAUUGUAAAUUAUAAAAUAACUUCUUUAGGUGUAAUCUUUCACAUUGGAGGUUGUAUAUAACACAGCAUUUAAAUUUGGCAACUUUCAUUUUUGGUUUAGCAAAAAUACUGCAUGUUAAUUUUCAUGACUGUGUUUUGGAGACUGUAGCAUAAGAGCUGUUAAAAAAUAUAUUGAAAUAUAUUAAACAGAAUUACUGCCUGAAGCUUUUCUUAAAAAUGUUAAUGAUCACGCAACAAUUCUGCAGCCAGAUUCUUCAUGACUAACUUUGGUUUUAAUCCACUUUAAUCUGAUCAGUCAUAUUGUGGCUUUCACUCUGUUUCCCUCGACACUUAAAUAUGUUGGAUUUGAGCUGUGGCCUGUGCAGUUAAUAAUAUGCACUUACACGUUUCCUAUCUUCCUGAAAUCAGUUUUCUAAUUCAUGAGAAUUCCAAGAUCAGCUCCAGAGAGUUGUUAAUCAUCACUUAUAGCAGCUCAUCAAUUUGUUCACUCCAUCUUUAACAGUAGUGCAGAGUCACUGGGAGUGUUUAAAUUUUCACUUUUCAAUCUGUAAUCCUCUUUGGUGGUUAGACAACAAGCGAAAUUAGACACAGAGCACAUCUUUUUUUCUGCAUUAGUGGAUCAAACUGGAGUAAUAAAGAAGAAGAAAAAAAAAACGUUAAUAUCCUGAUAACUGUUAAAACAUUUCACUGCUCACCAAACAGUGGCAAUGUGAACCAGUGCCACCACAGAACUGGUUAAGGAGGAUCACUGAAGAAGUGUGAACACUGAAAGAAAUACUGAGUCAAAGGUUAGUGUUUUAUUCUUCAAGUUGAAGUCUGAUACAGAGCUCACACUUAACAGGGGUAAAAAUAAACGUGGGACAAUGACAGAGCAAGAAGUUAAAAGGUGUGUGAGUUGGGGGGGGGGGAGGGUGCCAAGAUGGAGAGUAGUUAGAGAUUUUUCGCAUUUGGAGUGCUAGUGUUUUCUUGUUUGUGUUUGUGUGUGUGUGUGUGUGUAUAUGUAAAUAUGUGUGUCAGAGUUCAGUGCUUCAGAGAAAAGGAUCAUGUAAGAAGCACAGGGUGGGCAAGAAGGAAGGAGGUUAUGGCCAUGGGGAGAAGACCGAGCACCAGGCUCUUUUUGUUCUCUGCUCUUCAUUUUGUCACGAGUCCAGCUGUUAGCCUGAAGCCAGCCCAGUGACUCACUACGCCAGGGAGCGCUGGCGAGGCUUGAUCCUUGGAUACAGCUGAAGGAAAACAGAUGAAGAAGAGAAUUAUUGAGAUUAUCACAUUUCAAAUGAUUACAAUACUUUUGUGAUUUACUUCAUCAAUGACAUUAUAGAGCAGAGUGGUGGGAAGUUUCAACACAGUCACAUUCUACCAAACACUUGAGAGCAGAGGCACACCAGUAAAAGAGCCCCCCGCCUCCUCAUGUCAAAGUGUUUGACACAAACAAUCAAAGUGGCAAGUAACAGCUCUGCAGGGAUUUACGUUUCCAUUUCAAAGUGUCUGCCUAUCUGAAAGUGUUCAACUGUUGACUCAGGUGUUUUAAAAUGUAGCUGUGAAUAACUUUCACUCCAGACAAGUAGGAGGUGACAACGCUUUUGUGGUCUGAGUUUGAUCAGUCGGUCUCCCUGUCGGCGUGAAGAGCAGUAGCCUACAGUAUAUUUACAGUAUAUAGUAUACUGUAGAUAUCUACAAUACAUAUAUAUUUUUAAUAACUUCAUAAAAUUUUUUAAAAAUCUGCCGAUUAAUCGGUAAUCGGAUUUUUCCCCCCCGAAUAAUCGGUUAUCUGCAUUGGUCGGGCCCUACUAAAUACUAUAAAACUUAAGUCAAUCUUAGUAUAAUAUUUGCUUCAAUCACUGAAUGAAGCCUGUCUUCUUGUUGGCAUAAAGUGCAAAUACAGAUAUUCAAAUAUGUUCAAACCUGUGUGUCAUUUUUAGGACAAAAAUUCAAACGUCAUUUUGGAGCAGUUUUAACAGCCCUACUGUACAUGGAAAAAAAAUGUAGUAAUUUUGGAGUUACCCCUAGCAGGUUGCGGGGCACAUAGCCCUCGUUGUCCUCCAGUCUUGCCCACCACCAUUCUGUUUCACUGUCAUCCUGCCGUCGCAGAAUGGUGAUCGCGUCCCCCUCGUUAAAGGCCAGCUCAUCGGGGUUCUGAGCUUUGUAGUCCCACAGAGCGUACACUGUGCCUUUGUUCAUUACACCCAACUUCUCCUGGACACCUGCACAACAGAGUUUCAAUCACAAUGAAACACAAUAUGCCAAGUUGCUCUAUAGUACACAGGCUGUCAAAGAACCACCAGCUACUUCUUACCGUAUAGAAACUGGGAGCACUGGAUGUAGCCUUCUUCCAUCUCCUCACACUUAUCUGCAGCGGUCUCCACGUCACUAAUGGUGCUCGCAAAGAUGGCGGCCCCUGACUCAACCAACAACUUGCAGAGAUGAACACUGUUGCAUGAGGCGGCACAAUGGAGCGGAGUCCUGUUUGAGAAUACACAAGAACAUGAAAACAUACAAAUGUUAAAGAAUGUGACGGAACAUCGUGUUCGAUCAAACGAGAUGACAGAUUUAAUUUUUUUUCUUUUUUAUCCGAUCAACACGGGCUAUAUAGCGAGUAGCAUGGGUAACGUAAUGUAACGUGAACAUAACAGCGUAGCUCCUUAAGCAGCAAGAGAAUGGGGGUAACAGCGAAAAUUUCUAGGUGAAGACUGAUCUGAGGAACAGGCUACAAGAAGAGCUGCUGAAAAAAAUACUAGGGGAAACACUGUAGUGUGACUCACCAUCCGUCACUGUCUGCUGCAUUGACGUUCACACCGAAGUCCAGCAGGAACUUGACUAUGUGGUGAUGUCCCGCACACACUGCAUUGUGCAGGGGGGUAAUGCCCUCGUCGUUUGGAGUGCUAGGAUUCUCCACCUGAAAACAAAAACCCAUGUGGAAAGAUGAGUGCUUGUCUUACAUGGAAGAUACAAAAAUACCAGUGUUGGCAUGGAAUUGCGCUGUACCUCAUAGAUGAUCCUCUGAACAAGAUCAAACUCUCCCUCCAAGGAGGCGUCCAGCAGGAGAGCCAAAGGGUUAAACUUCACUCUGAAACUAUGGCCGGUGCGCUCAGAGUUCGGCUUUUUCAAGUUUGUGCGUUUUUCCUGAAAUGUACAAAAGAGGAAGCAUUAGUUUGACUUUAAAGUGAAGGAGCCCACUUAAAAGCAUGUUGAUGUUCAUGGAUGUGUCUUUCACCAGGUGCUGUGGGGCUGCUGUGCCGCUCUCUUCUGGAGUUGUGACCUCUGGCACGGGGCUGGGCAGUAGCGCCUCAGAGCUUCCCAUGUUGUUGUUGUUGUCAUCCUCAGGUGCCUCUUCUUCAUCGGCAUCCUCGAGCUCUUCUUGUGGCGAAGGUGGCGGCUCGUUGUCGUUGGCGUCUGUAGAAGGAGUCUGAGCAUCCAAGCCCAGCUCGUCCUCCCCUGGAGGUGGCGGAAGUGGCGACUCGGAGGGAAGGUUACCGUUGUCUGUGUCAGCCAUAGAGUCUCCGCCCACGAAACCAGAAGGAUGCGAUGGCUGAUAAAACGGUGUGCCAUUACCGGCGCCGUUACCUCCUGACCCACUGACUCCGUUUCCUUCUAUGCCUCCUGCCAGAGUGUUGAAUCUCUGGUAAAGAAGUUUCUGGAUGUUGGGUCCGCUGGGGCCCUCUGGCUCUGUGAUGGAGCUGCGCUUCUUGAGAGGUCUGGGAGCGUUGGCCAGCUUCUUGCGGAGCACUUCGAGGUCGGCGUCACUUUGGUAGCGCAGCGGGGAGUGCACCAUGGGUGUUAGCUUAGUGGGACUGAGUGGUCGAGGGAUGUUCUCCACACUGGGAGGAGGGGCUAAGGGUUCUGGAUGCUGGAAGAACUCAUGAUCAUCAAACUCUCCAUCCAAAGUGUCCUCACCGCUGGGUUGGCCUUGAAGAAGCGGGAAGGCGCCUCCAGCCUGGCUGAAAGGCAGAGGUGAGGGGGGCGUGGAGCUCGGGGGGAGAACAGGCUUCCCAUAUACUAGAGAGAAAAAAAAACAGUGACAGGACAGUCAGGUGUCGUUUGGGGAUUCAAGAUUUUAAAAGCAGUAUCAGCAUUUUCUAGGAGCUAAAACAAUGUCUCCAAAUUCUUCCACUGGACCUUACCUGCUUUGAGAGCCGGCUUUAGAGGCUGGCUUUUUGGUGCAGCCUGCUGGAGAUACAUGUGAUAGAUGGAGCUUGAAUUCAUGGUUGGUGGGCCCUUCCGGGGCGACUGAGGCCGUGACCCUCUGUCUGGGAUGAAGGGGCGCACUGCCACGGCUGGCGGGGGGUCGAGCCGCUCACUGAGUCCUGGGGGGAAAAGUGGAGCACUAGGCUGGAAGGUGGGGCUGGGUGGCACUGAGAUUCUUUGCUGGAUCUGCUGAGAGGACGAGCCUGUUGAGGGAGGGAUACGGGGCCAAGCAGGAGUCGGCGGAUUCGGGAGCGGCCGAGGGAGGGGGGGUGCAUCUUUGCGGCGCUCCAGGGAGCUGGCUGAGUUUGCAGAAGUGAGGUGGGAGCCAUAGGGGGGUGGCUGUGGCUUGGAUAUAGCGGGAGAGGACACGGCCAAUUUAGAUUCUAGCACCUGAAAGAAAGAAAAAAAAAUCACAUUAUAAAUUUACCUUUAAAACUCUGUUCUGCAAAGAGAAAUAUGACUUCAAUCUGGGAGUCCUGAAGGUAUUAAUCCAAUCUGUGUGACGAGAUCUUCAGUAUUGUUUCUUCACUGAAAUUUUUAUUUUGAUUUCAAUUUCAAAUUCCAGAACAGUCAGUCACAUUUACACUUUUUUCCCCUUUUUCUCUUUAAGUGUUAAUGGCUGUAUCCAUAGAGUCUGUGAGUUAUGAAAUUAGACAUAUACAAAAUAAUCAAAGCUUUGCUUCAACUUCAAACAUAUCCCUUUUAAGAGGUAUAAAUAAAACAGACAGUAUGUAACUAAAAGAAAAGUAAAGAGACAAGCAAAGUUAUAAUGUUAAAAAAAAAUCAAAUAACAAAAUAAAAAAUAAAAAUAAAUUGAACGGGGAGAGAAGGGUAUGGCUUGGGAGGGGGGUAGUGUGUAUGCUAAGUGUAUGUUUGUAUUUAGCAUGAUUAGAUGUACAUAUGUUGAUAGGUGGUCUAGAGGAGCGAGGGGAAGGUGUGAAGGAAAAGUUUAGACUUGAGUGGGCUGGACUCAGAUCAUUUCAUGACAUAAAUACAGAGUCAGCAGGUUUCCAUCUGCAAAAGACUUUUCCUUUUUAAAGUCUCGGAGUGUGUGUUAUUCUUUCUAUACAUUUCCUGUACCUUUUCUAUCACCUUAAGCAUUUUUGAUGGAUUUGACUGAACAUCAAGAGGUCAAUGACCGAAACAGAGGAACUCUGUUAUUUGAAUCAAAGGGUAUUAAAGGAAAGUGACUUACCUUUUCUGCACCUGGAGCGACAGGGGAGCCUGAGGGAGGGCUCUUGCCCUGGUUUUCAGUCCCUGAGUCCCGUCUCUCAGGGAGCUUUAAAGAUGAGCUGGUCUUUCCUACAGCAGGCCAGCCGCUUUCAUUCGCUGUAGCACAAGCAAGACACAGUGAGUGUGUGGCAAAGCAAAAAGAAGGGUUAAUGAUUGAGGUGGUAUGGAAAGCAGAAGUCUGUGGUACAAUUCAGGGGAACCACAACGCAUGUCCACCAGAGCUAGGUCUAAAUGGUAACAGUUCUAGAAUGUGUCACUUUAUGUGGGAGGCCACAUGAAGUGGAAUAUUAGUGCUGGUGUUACAAAAGCAUGAGUCUGUGCAGCAUUUUACACACAGGUAGUGUAUAGCUGUCCCAUUUUGACCUAAGAUUGGUGUUAAAUUGGAAGGGUCAGGAUUUUGGGGGAACAAUCCUAUCAAUCAUACAGACUUUAAGUGGAUUUAAACAAUGUUUGAUGCCUUGUUUUUGUUGUUAGCAUGUUAAAAGCAAAGAUUGCGACACAUCAAUCCAGUUAUCUCAAAAUGACUUCUUUCGGCAGAGUAGUUAGUAUAACUUCAAAUCUUUCUGAGGUGCAGAGUAGCCAAAAGCCAUACAUUCGACUGAGAAA